UGCUGCUACUACUACUACGACUAAAUAAAUAUUAAUUAAUUAAUUAAAAAUAAUAAUAACCACAAUUAUUAUCAUAAUUAUUAUAACAAGGAUAUAAGGUGGGUGGGUGAACGGUGAUUGAUCGAUCAUUGAUGAAUCAUCAUCAUCAUCAUCAUCAUUCAUCCACACAUACAUGAUACAGGUAGCCGAAGUAGUUAGUGGGCCGGAUCGCGCGAUCGUGGGCCUGGUCCGCGGCUGCGUCAAGAGCGUCUCCCGCGGCAGCCCCAUCCGCCUCCCCGCGAAGCACCACACCGCCGCGGAGCACCGCACCCCGCUCUUCUCCACCGUCGCCUACCUCCUCGGCCUCCGCGUCUCCCCUCCCUACCGCAAGUUCGACAUAUAUAUAUAUAUAUAUAUAUAUAUUGUACGUAGGAGGAGAGGGAUCGGGCAACAACUGGUGCAGCGGAUGGAGGAGUGGUUUGUGAAAAUGGGGGCGGAGUACGCGUACAUGGCGACGGACAUCGACAACGCGGAGUCGAUCCGGCUCUUCACGGGGCGGUGCGGCUACUCCAAGUUCCGCACCCCGUCCAUCCUCGUGCACCCGGUCUACGCCCACCGCCUCCGCCUCAAACUCCCGCGCCACGCCGCCGUCCACCGCCUCUCCCCGGCCGACGCCGACCUGCUCUACCGCCGCCGCUUCUCCUCCGUCGAGUUCUUCCCCGGCGACAUCGACGCCGUCCUCCGCAACCCCUCCUCGCUGGGCACGUUCGUCGCCGUCCCCCGCACGAGCUCGGCGGAGGAGGUGGUGGGGGCGAUCUUGGGCGGCGGGGGGUCGUUCCGGCUGGAGGUGCGGGGGGCGCCGCGGUGGCUGCGGGGGCUGGCGCGGGCGACGCGGGCGGUGGACGCGGCGCUGCCCUGGCUGGGGCUGCCGUCCAUCCCGGACGUCUUCCGGCCCUUCGGCGUCUGCUUCGUCUACGGCCUCGGCGGCGCCGGCCCCGACGCCCCGGCGCUGCUCCGCGCCCUCUUCCGCCACGCCCACAACCUCGCCCGCUCCCUCCGCUGCGGCGUCGUCGCCGCCGAGGUCGCCGCCUGCGAGCCCCUCCGCGCCGCCGUCCCCCGCUGGGACCGCCUCACCGUCAACGACCUCUGGUGCGUCAAGCGCCUCCCCCCCAACGCCGACGCCGACGCCGACGCCGACGUCGACUGGAUCAAGGCGCCGCCGGGGCCAUCCAUCUUUGUCGACCCCAGAGAGGUCUAGCAACAUCUAUCUAUCUAUCUAUCCUUCCAUCUGACGGCUGAUAUUUGCUCUCACCUUGUUCUUCUUUUUUUUUAUUCCUUUUUUUCUUUCUCUCUCUCUUUCUUUUUGUAACUGGGGGUUAAAAAUGUACCGGGGUCCCUCGCCUACGAGUACUUCGGAAAUGGCUCCUUCAACUUUUUUUUUUUUUUUUUUUUUUUUUCCUUUUUUUUUUUUUUUUU